AUGCAGGGCACGGCAAAUUACCUCUGGCUCACCUUUGACAUUGUUGGCCACGGAGCCACUGCUAAAGACCUGUACGCCGUCAAAGUAUUCAACAACAUCAGCUUCCUGCGGCCGAUUAAAGUCCAGACAGAGUUUGUGGUCCUCCGGAGUCUGCAUCAUAAAAACAUUGUAAAGCUUUUUGCUGUGGAAGAGGAGUAUACCAGCAAAAAUAAAGUGCUCGUGAUGUUUUGCUCUUGUGGAAGCUUGUACACUGUACUGGCAGAGACCAAGAAUGCAUUUGGUCUGCCGGAGUCAGAGUACUUGAUCGUGUUGCGAGAUGCAGUGGCCGGUAUGAAUCACCUACAGGAGAACGGGAUAGCGUGCAGAGACAUCAAGCCUGAAAACAUUAUGCGUGUGAUCGGAGAGGAUGGAACGUCCGUUUACAAGCUAACUGACUUCGGAGCUGCCAGGAUUUUGGAAAAUGAUGAGCAGUUUCUCUCGUUUUAUGGAACUAAGGAGUAUUUGCACCCAGACAUGUAUGAACGUGCUGUGCUGAGAAAACCUCACCAGAAGACGUAUGGAGCGACCGUGGAUCUCUGGAGUAUUGGGGUCACAUUUUAUCAUGCAGCCACCGGCAGUCUCCCUUUCAGACCCUUUGAAGGACCCCGCAGGAACAAGGUGUCUAGCUCAGCUAAGUGUCGUUUGUUCUUUGCUUUCUGUCAUGUGAUUCAGUAGACCCUACAACUGGGUCACGUCGGGGUCACCAGUUGUAGGAUCUACUGAAUCCCACGACAGAAAGCAGAGGACAAACGACACUUAGUUGAGCCAGACACCUUGUGUCGUGUUUAUUCCAGAAGCCCAAUUUUACCAACAUUCUCACUGAUCAUAACCCAUGUGCAGAUAAGGCCAAUUGGUGCGUCUGACCUUGGAGUUGCUAUUGAGCUCUUUAGUUUAGUUUAGUUUAGUUUAGAGAUACAGUGUGGAAACAGGCCCUUCGGCCCACCGGGUCCGCGCUGAUCAGCGAUCCCUGCACAUUAACACUAUCCUACACCCACUAGGGACAAUUUUUUUUUACAUUUAACAAAGCCAAUUAACCUACAAACCUGUUCGCCUUUGGAGUGUGGGAGGAAGCCGAAGAUCUCGGAGAAAACCCACGCAGAUCACGGGGAGAACAUACAAACUCUGUACAGACAGCACCCGUAGUCAGGAUCGAACCAAGGUCUCCGCCGCUGCAUUCGCUGUAAGGCAACAACUCUACCGCUGUGCCAUCGUGACCUUCUCGUGAGGCUGCUGCCGAUUCACCAGCGUUGACAGGCUCUAUGCAAAACCAACGUGGGCGUGAAGGCGUCACAGAUGCAAGUAUCUUGAAAAACAAGUCUGUUUGAGGUCAUGUAAAUCCAAGGCCAAGUUCACUGAGCAGUAAACUUAAAAAGGCAGUAGAGCCUGUUCUACUUUGGAUUUUGCAGAUGAAGUGAAGCUGCGAGGGAUUUCCAUUGUGUGGCUGAGAUGAGCUACAUGGAAUAGUGAGAAUUAAAAAAAACAGUAGUGGACAGAACAUUGUCCCUUGCCUAUUAAUAGGGAUAAGUGUUAAUGGUGUACAACCAGUGUUGAACCACAUUCAGUUUAAGCUGUCUGAGAUCAGGAUUGGGAGGACUGCAGAUAUUGCGUCAUGAAGAAGCUAAUGCCACAUUUACAGGAUUAAGAAAAAGUUUAUUAUACAAAGAAUCUACAAGGAUGCAGAUGGGAGAUGGCAAGAAGGGGUGGUGUCUGGUUCUGCUGUCAGGAGAUGAGUUACGUUAAGGAAUCCUGAAAGAGAAUGACCUGAUGAAAUGUGUUGCUCCACUGAAUUGCGUAUCAAAGGUGGAUAGGUAACGCGAGCAUCUUUAGAUCUAACAGGACUUAUUCAAGCUGGAGACAAGGUCCUCUGACCCUGCACCGUGAUGGAGUACACUUCACCAGGGUGUGUGUUUGAUUGGGACACUCAAAGCCAGCACCUCCCAUGAGAUCAGCCUACCCAGGGAAAAGGUAGUAUAAGCGUGUUUGGUAUUCCGAAAACCGCAAGGAAACAUGAUUUGUCAAAGGUCAUUUGCAGAGCCAGGAUUUUGCCAUAAAUGCAAUGUGCCUUUUAUGCCAUUUUUGAUGAUUUCACCAGGAUAAUGCCUUUUUCACAUUUGAGUUCCUAAAUCAGCCUUUUUUUGCCGUUUUGCUAGAAGAUCGUGCUAUUUUCUCUCGUUGUACCGUGAUUACAAUGACGUUUUCUAUGUUAACAUGUUAAUAUUAAUGUUAUUAUUAACUUGUUAACAUAGUAUAACUUACAAGAAAACUUCCACCACCAGGGUGAAACCAGGGGCACCACCGUCGGUUGUUCAUUUGUUCGUGCCACUGCAUGUCGGUUCAGUUUUCUCCAAGAUCUAUUUAAGAAAGAACUGCAGAACUGCACAAAAAUUGAAGGUAGACAAAAAAUGCUGGAGAAACAGCGGGUGAGACAGCAUCUAUGGAGGGAAGGAAUAGGCGACGUUUCGGGUCAAGACCCUUCAGACUGAUGUGUGCAGUUGUUUUGAUUGUCCUUUAGGUGAGAGGGGCAAAGUUUAAAAGAGAUGUGCAGGGAAAAUAUUUUACACAGAGGUGGUGAGUGCCUGCAAUGCACUGCCAGGAUU